AGCGGGCUGCGCGGAGGCGGCAAGGCGGCGCUGGGGGGCUGGCUCGGGCGGCAGCGGCGGCUGUUGCGGAUGGGAGCGGGCCGGUUUGGCGCGCCUAUGGAGCGCCAGGGCAGGGCUGCCGCCACCUCAGCCGCGGUCGGCGAGUCUGCGGACUCGGAAGCGCGGAGGCGGGACCCGCUGAGGCGCCGGGCGAGUAGCGCGGCGCCGUCGGGGUCCGGGGAGGCGGAGAGUGUGAGACGGGAGCGGCCCGGCUCUCUAGGCGGCUCCACCUCGGCCGGCCGCCCGCGCGCCGAAGGCCUCCGGAAGAGGCGGCCGCCUGCUCUCUUGUCUUCUUUCCUUCCCCUACAAGACAGACGUGCUGCAUUCACUUCCUACUCCUUUCUUCCUUGAUGGCCUUUGUUGAAAUCGUUUUUUCCAUGGUUUGGCUUGGAUAUUGGAGGAACCUUGGUCAAGCUGGUUUAUUUUGAACCUAAAGACAUCACUGCUGAAGAAGAAAAGGAGGAAGUGGAGAGUCUGAAAAGCAUCCGGAAGUACCUGACCUCCAAUGUGGCUUACGGAUCCACAGGCAUUCGGGACGUGCACCUUGAGCUGAAGGACCUGACUCUGUGUGGACGCAAAGGCAAUCUGCACUUUAUACGCUUUCCCACCCAUGACAUGCCUGCUUUUAUUCAGAUGGGCAGAGAUAAAAACUUCUCAAGUCUCCACACUGUCUUUUGUGCCACUGGAGGUGGAUCAUACAAAUUUGAGCAGGAUUUUCUCACAAUAGGUGACCUUCAGCUUCGAAAACUGGAUGAACUAGAUUGCUUAAUAAAAGGAAUUUUAUACAUUGACUCAGUUGGAUUCAAUGGACGGUCACAGUGCUAUUAUUUUGAAAACCCUGCUGAUUCUGAAAAAUGUCAGAAGUUACCAUUUGAUUUAAAAAAUCCAUAUCCUCUGCUUCUGGUGAACAUCGGCUCAGGGGUUAGCAUCUUAGCAGUGUAUUCCAAAGAUAAUUAUAAGAGGGUCACAGGCACCAGUCUUGGAGGAGGAACUUUCUUUGGUCUCUGCUGUCUUCUUACUGGCUGUAGUACUUUUGAAGAAGCUCUUGAGAUGGCAUCUCGUGGAGAUAGCACCAAAGUGGACAAAUUAGUUCGAGACAUUUAUGGAGGAGACUAUGAGAGGUUUGGCUUGCCAGGCUGGGCUGUGGCUUCAAGUUUUGGAAACAUGAUGAGCAAGGAGAAGAGAGAGGCGGCCAGUAAGGAGGAUCUUGCCAGAGCAACUUUGAUCACCAUCACCAACAACAUUGGCUCCAUAGCAAGAAUGUGUGCCCUUAAUGAAAACAUUAACCAGGUCGUAUUUGUCGGCAAUUUCCUGAGAGUCAACACGAUUGCUAUGCGGCUUCUGGCGUAUGCGCUGGAUUACUGGUCCAAGGGGCAGCUGAAAGCACUGUUUUCCGAGCACGAGGGAUAUUUUGGAGCCGUUGGAGCACUCCUCGAGCUGUUGAAGAUACCCUGACUUACCGAGAGGACUUCCUGAAACCUGCCACAGAGACAUCUGUGGAUUUUUUUGUUUUGUUUUGUUAAGAGACUCAAGUUUUAUGAUCGUGUACUACUCAAAUCAGAGCAAGAAACAAAUGUAUUUUUCUAAGACAUCAAGAUAAAUUCUUAAAAUUUUGUCUAAGGACACCCCAUCCCACCCCCGUCUAGGCAGUAUGAGGAUUUGCUGUUUAUAGGGUAUUCUCAGGGCAGCGUUAUUAACCCCUGAGGUGCUUUGGAAUCCCAGCAUCACCCACUUGGGCAUACGUGGAGCUUUCUGGACUCCCACCAGCAGCUGACUGCUUGUCCUGUUGAAAUGUAUGUGAGAAUCUAACCGCUUUCAUCAGUAUGCCUUGGAGGUCAUCUUUCUUUGCGCGCUGGAUCAUGUUUAGCCUAUGUUAACAUACUGAAAAUGGGUUAUUUCAAGCUUCUGAAAACUUGGCAGGAUUGUUCUGCAUCUGAUGUUAAGAGAUGGCCUGCAUUGUAGCUGAAGGCAAGGGUGGGCCUGUUCACAGCAGCCUUGGAGCUGGAAUGGAGACCUCGAGCUCUGGCUGGGAAGGAUUCUGCCAUUCAGCCAUGGGUUCUGGUGCCAGCUCUGGGGCAACAGAAGGCUCUUGUUGGUUUGGACUAUGGGAACUAGGAUUGGAUUUGGCUGGCUAGCCUGCUUGAUGGUUCUCAGUUCCCACAGGGAUAUAGUUGGCUUUUAUUACAUACUUUGGCCCAUUAGGACUAAGGGUUCCAUUGUGCUGGCAGCACAGUACACGGGGUGUUGCAGGGAUGGUAGUUUUCCCUCCUGCUAAUCCCUGCUUUGCUUCUGAGAGAUCCUCAAAACUGCACUUUUAUUAGAAAGUUUCUCCAUCUGGGGCAGGGCUGUGUUCUUCCCUGCCAUCCCUCAGGUGACUCCUAUUUGACAGUUGUGACCAGUGCUUUGUAUUCAUGGUUCUGUCUUCCUACAUUGAAGCUCCUCCCACAGUGUUAGACGAACAAGCCUCAGGAUCACAGAGCCCAACAGGAUGUGUGGUGCUGUUGUGACCCACACCAUCACUGUCUAUUUCUUUCCUCAGUUGUGCUCAGCCCAGGGUCAUUCUGGGGAUGGGUUCUAUUUCCUUUAAAUAGUGUCUCGGGUGGUGAGGGCUAACCUCAAACUCGACAUUAAUACUGUAUAGCUGAGGCUGGCCUUUGAACUGCAGAUCUAGUUGCCUUCACCUCCGAAGUGCUGGAUUAUAGGUGUGCGCCACUAGUAAACUCCAUAAAUACAAAGGGUUUGUUUCAGAGCCUCAUCUUUUCCAGUUCUCACCUGCUUCCCUGGCUGCUGUCUACACUCUGACAGUUCCACUUUCAAGCUCAACUGAGUCUCGCCAAGCUGUCUUCCUGUUGAUUCCAGCACUAUUUGCAGAAAUACACACAUUCCACCUCACAACCACUUCUGAACUGGGAGCCACUUGCAGUGUCUGUUAGAACCAUCUUGUCUUUUCUUAGCUGUCCAAUCCAGGUCAUUGUUUUGAUAGCCUAAAGCUCCACUUCACUUCUCCCACUCAGAAAGGAAGGUUUGUGGCCCUGGAGCACAAAGUAGCUUGAACUAAGAUGGGAGGAGGCUGGCCUACGCAAAGAGGUAAUGUCUUGUGGGCAUCAGUGGCUGGGUCUAGGGGGUGCUUGAAGAUACCUAGUUUGGUUUUAGAACGCCUGGUUUUGAGAACCCCUAAAGCACGGGUCAUUUGGGUCAGAGACAACGCAGAGGAUGUAUUUAUUUGUGGGAGGAGUUAGUGAACCCCAGAGCACAAGAAAAUAAUAAUAAUCGGCAGUGAAGGAGCAGGUUACAGGGAAAACAACCUGGGGUACAGGGAUCCGGGAGUCCAAGAGCAAACGGUUAUAGAGAUGGGUUACAAGGUUGCUUGGAGGUAGCUCCAGGGUUACGUGUGCCUUGGUGAAGCCAUGGGCUAAAGCUGAGUUCAGAGCCGCUCACCACCUGGCAUUAGGGUUAGGGCAAGUUCUGGGAAUGUGGCAGACUGUCAAAGGACAAAGCUAUAUACAUCAAGCCACCACAAAUGCAAUGCAUGGUGUGGUGUGGCCUGAUGCCUUUCCCCCAUCAGUGUGCCACACCUUACCUCGCCCUAGUGCAAAAGUUGACAGGUCCAAAUACAAAGUAUUUCAAAAUUUGCUCUUUAUUUACACGUUUGGGUCGAUUACAUGCAUGUUUUAUUUUUAAACAAGUGAUUAGCAAAAAAUGCAUUAAAGUUUUAAAAUAGCAAUUAAAUAUACAAAAAUAUAGCUUACAAAAACCAAUGUUUAAAAAUAUUCUGCUGCAGAAUUCUUAGUGUACAAACACGUCUAUGAAACCUGAGGCUCAGCAUUUCAUAAACCUUUUUUGAGGGAGUUAUAUCUAGUAAAUAAGCCCCAUAGGGCUAAACGACAAGACUAAAGUGCCAUUCCUCCACCUUCCUGGACAUGUCCUCAGACAGAGGCAAUGGCCCCAAGCCGUCACAUUCUCCACCACAGCCUGGAAGGAGAGGCAUGGACGGCGCUGAGGGUUCAACCACAUGAGUCCCUUAACACUGGUGAGGUCAUGAUCUGAGCUACAGCGUGUCUUUGAAACAGCAGGGGUAGCUUUUCCUGAUCCUGUGAACAAAGGAACGAAGAAUUUGGAUACGUGCUGAGCUAACUGGAAUAAAAGCAUCUUGAAAUAAUUUGGGUUCUAAAGCUGAACUUGAAAACUGAUAGGUCCUGUUAAUCUUAUUUAAAAAACCUUUACCUGGCAUUUUAGGUCCCUACCUCUAAGAUUAAGUUAAAUACUUUGAUGGUCCCAUUUAAGCAAUUUUUUAAAAAUAAAAAUUUAUUUUUAUGUGUA